UUGCAAAACAUGAGACGAACUUUGUACAAACCUCAGCAUAUAUACACAGUUGUCGAUAGAUAUUUUCAACUGCAGCCAACUCCAAGCUUCACUUCUUUUGCGAAGCAAUUCACCACAGGCAGUUUUACUGCACCAGACAACAUUUGUCGUCAGUAUACCAACUGCCUUAUAGAUUGUAUCCAUAAUUUACAAAGAAACCAAGAAAGUUUCCACAAUUUUGUUGAGUUGGAAAAGCAACGUCAAGAGGCCUCCAAACAGUUGUUGAGAAGUUUUCAGCAACUUGCCGAGGAGCCCAUCCUUAUGAAGAGAUUCUCGACGGAACUAAUACAACUACUCAUGAAAGUGUAUUCUUCUACAAGCGCCAAUCAAUACUUUGUCAUUUAUCUUGCUCAAGAUUUGAUCGAGAUAGCUGCUUCGUUACAAGGUUCAAGUUCUUCGGAAAGUUAUCUCAGGGAUAACGUCGGAUGGUAUAGAAAUGGUCAAUCUGAGGAGAAUGAAAAACAAUUUCAAAGUUUGGAUAUGAGAAAUUCGAUUAACUCGUUGCAGUCUCAGUCAGUAUUGCCACAAGUUCUUAGCCAUAUGUAUGAAGUAGAAGGAGCACUGGCGUUUCUUUAUGAGAUAUGGAAGGACGUUUCUUUGCAGAUAAAACAUAUUGGACCUAAAGAUCCUUUGUUAGUGAAGCUUUCUUAUUUUAAAAGUGUUUUAGAGACUGAAAUUGAGAAUCAAUGCUCACCCCAGUUGGUUGAGAUUGUGAGAGUUCUUCCUCGUUCACCAGACCACAUCUUGAACUGUUAUCUAGAAGAAAUGAGUUGGAAGGGAAGUAUGAAGCCUUCUUCUGAUCGUCAGUUGAGCUUACAAAGAUUGGAGAAUGGGCAUCGGUGUUAUGCCUUGAUGCAUCCAACUGAACCUAGAAAACCUUUGGCUUUCUGUCAGUUGGCUUUUUUGCCUUUUGUGCCAAGUAAUAUGAAUGACAUUAUGGCAUUUGCCAAGGAACCCAAAGAAGAAUCUAGUCAUAGCCUUCCUGUUGCAGUUAUUUAUGGCAUCAAAGCUAUUUCUUCUAGUUUUGGCGAAGGUGUGUAUAGAGCCUUUCUAAAGAAACUAUUUCAAGAACAACUCCGAGCUAUUUAUCCUCCAAUUAAAGGAAUCGUGACUCAUUCUCGUUCUCUUAUGUUUAUUUCAUGGUUACAAGAUCAGCUGUAUAUUAUGGACCAUUUUAGUGCCUUGCCAAAUAGACAACGUCAGUUGGUUGUGAAAUGGGAUUGUUUAGAUCGAUUGAGACCUGUUCUACAGUUGUGUUCUGGUACUAUUCCAAGUUACAUUCCACAAACAGAAUGGAUGAAUAAUAUCACCAGUGAGAUACAGCAUCACAAGAAUGAUUUGUUAUCCUUGUUUGCAUAUUUUGUGGUUCGUGGUUGGAAAUUCUCGCCUUUUAUGGACCCUUCUAUAUUGUUUCAUAUACGAUGUGGAGCUGAACUUUACCAAAUCAAUUGGAUGGGAGAAAGGACAUGGGAUGCCUUGAGAAGUUGUGCCGGAAUUACUUUUAACUUUUUGUACAAUGCAGAUGAUAUGGAAUCGAAUUUGCAAGCUUAUCUGGAUAGAGGAGAAGUAGUGGUUUCUGAGCAGGUUAUGGAACAUUUGAAUAGAGGUGUGGUUGUUGAAAAGAUUGUAGAUGUGGAGAAGUAGCAGAGAGAGACAACGAAGAUACUUAGUUUCGAAACAAUAACUUGUGACAUGGAAAGAGUAGUUCGACGAAUAUGUUAAUUUGGAUAUUGCAAUAUUUAGAAAGUAGAACGAAUGAAUUAAGCAUUUUAUCCAUUUUUU